AUGGUGGUGGGCGUGACGUCUCAACCAAUCAGCGUCGUGUUCUUGACGACAGCCGACGUAUCGGCGCCCGACGUCUUCGAUUGCGUAACGGGUUAUGGUAAUUACGGAUGCCCGCCGCCGCCACCACAGGUGUACAUAUUCGACGACGGGCCAUGGUCAUAUACGACGAUUGAACAAGGUCAUCGUCGAAACAUCACAGACGACGAGGAGUCCGCUGACGUGGCGACAGUCGAACAGGUUCAGUUCAUCAGCUCUAUUGUGCAUGGAACGCAAGCCGCUUGUCGAGCAGUACUCUUGAAUCGUCGUAAUGCAUAG